AUGGUCCAGUUUGCAACAAUUGCGGUCGCUCUCCUCGCGGGUGCGGGACAAGCACUAUCCGCAGCAGUCGAGUCCCGCCCAGGGUCCCUCCCAAGCCGCCGGGAUAUGCAUCUACGGGACGAAGGGCUACGCCUUGUAAAGACGAGCGAAGAUGAUCCUGGCACCUGGAUGACGGAGGAGGAGAAGUUUGAGAACUUGAUCUCCAAGAAGAUUGGAUUCAUGGACAUCACCGAGACCAUUGAGCUCGAAAGCUUCGGCCUCGACAGCGCGGCCAAGAUCGCCGCCGUCGCCUACCCAUCGGGCCCUUCCCACCAGACGGAGGCGAACGCACUGAUCGCCAACGCCAGGCAGUCCAACCUCGAGACCUGGGCCAACGGGCUGGCCAACAUCUACAACCGCUACUACCGGGGCUCGUACGCGGCCACGUCGGCGGCCUGGAUGCUGUCCGCGGUCCAGUCCGCCGCGUCCUCCAACUCGAACAUCAAGGUCAGCCAGUUCUCGCACAGCUACAGCCAGCCCAGCGUGAUCGCCAAGCUCCCGGGGACGUCGAGCAGCGUGGUGAUUGUCAGCGCUCACUACGAUAGCGUUGGUUCUUCAACGAGCGGCCGUGCCCCGGGAGCCGAUGACAAUGCCUCUGGCGUCGUGGUCGUGCUCGAAGCAUUGAGAGUCCUCGCCGCAGCCGGUUACGCCCCGAAGAACACUCUCGAAUUCCACUUCUACAGCGGAGAGGAAGGCGGUCUCCUCGGCAGCAGAGACAUCUUCAACAACUACGCGUCCAACGGCGUGGAUGUCCUGGCCGUGGUGAACCAGGACAUGACCGGAUACUCGCCCAACAACGUCAUUGCCGUGUACACCGACUACGUCAACACUGCCUUGACCAACUUUGUCAAGACCCUUGUGCCCGUGUACAGCUCGCUGCCUCUCUCUCUCGACAGGUGCGGUUACGGGUGCAGUGACCAUGCAUCUGCCAACUCCGCUGGCUUCCCCAGCGCAUACGUCUGCGACGAGAACAUGGCCGAUUCGAGCCCGUACAUUCAUUCCUCGCAAGAUACCAUUGCUACACUCAGCUUCCCGCAUAUUCUCGAACAUACCAAGUUUACGAUUGGCUUUUUGGUUGAGGGCUCUUACUUCUAG